AUGUCCGGUCCAAACCGGCGGUACGAUAACUCCAACUACGAUGGCCUGGACGUGCCCCCGCCGCCAUCCCAUCGCUACUCGCAGUCGAUACGAGACAACUCGACCGUGACGCCGGGCGUGGACAAUCUCGGCCCAGCCUCGGUGGGUGGUGGCAUCAGUGGGAUUGCGCUGGGCGUCGCCAAUUCCCAUGAUCGGCUGAGCGGCGUCGAUGCCGUGCGCGGCAUGCGGAACGAUGGCUUCACCGGGCCCGCCGAACGAGGCUACCACUCAACCCCCUCCGACAACCCCUACGUUCCUCCAGCGGCAUAUAGUAGCGCCGAGUCAUUACGACACGAACGCUCAUAUGGCUCCAAUAUGGCUCUGGGUGCAGCGAUGCCUCCCCCAGGCAUGCAGACACCUGGCCAGUCCUCGACACACCUCAGCGAUGCGGGCCCAUCCCAGCGCAGUAGUUUCAUUAACCAUUCACGCUACAACAGUGGUGGUGGCGGCAUCAUUAGCGAUGGGCCCUACCAGCGCCAAUCCCACUACAGCGGCUACAGUGGCGCGGACAUACCGCUCGACAUCAACCCGGAAGAGAUUGCCGACGACGGCGACGACGAUGGAUUCCUAACUCCGGCACGCAAUCGUGGAUCACAUGGAGCGGCCGCUGCAGCAGGCGGAGUGGCCGGUGGGGCAAUGUUGGGUGGCUUCUUUGGGAAGGGCAAGGGUGCCGCCGACAGAGGCACGGAAUAUGGACCAGUCCCCGGUGGUGGCGGCUUAGAAUCGGGAGAAGGAGAAAAAGCGGCACGCAAGAAGCACAUGGAAGGUCGGAAAAAGCGAGGAUGGCUUGUCGGCAUCUUGCUCAGUGUCAUUAUUCUCGGCGCGAUCAUCGGUGGUGCCGUGGGAGGCACGCUGGGCAGCCAGGAUAAAUCUGGGAGUGGAUCAUCGAACGACCAGACCGCGGCGGAGGACGAAGCGGAUAAUGGAGAUCUCGGCAAGGACUCCGCGGAGAUUAAGGCGUUGAUGAACAACCCAGAGCUGCACAAGGUGUUUCCCGGCAUCGAUUACACCCCGUGGGGAGUGCAAUAUCCGCUGUGCCUCAAGUACCCGCCCUCGCAGAACAACGUCACUCGCGACAUGGCGGUGCUAACGCAGCUGACAAACAACGUCCGGUUGUACGGCACGGACUGUAACCAGACGGAGAUGGUGCUGCAUGCUAUCGACCGGCUCGAGUUGACCGACAUGAAGGUCUGGUUGGGCGUGUGGAUCGACUCUAAUCAUACGACUAUCAAUCGCCAGCUGGACCAGCUGUACAAAAUCUUAAGCGAAACCAAGGACACCUCGAUUUUCAGAGGGAUCAUUGUCGGAAACGAGGCUCUGUACCGCGCAGGACCCGAUAUCCAAACUGCCGAGACCAACCUGAUCGGCUACAUCAAGCAGGUUCGCAGCUGGGCCGCCAAACACAACAUCGACAUGCUCAUUGGCACCUCCGACUUGGGCGAUAACUGGAAUGCCGAGUUGGUGGCUGCCUGUGACAUGGUCAUGUCUAACAUCCACCCUUUCUUCGCCGGUGUCAGCGCUGAGGUCGCCGCCUCCUGGACAUGGGACUUCUGGCAAUGGAACGACGUGGUCCUGACCAAAGGCGAAACUAGCAAGAAGCAGAUCAUUUCCGAGACCGGUUGGCCCAGCGCCGGUGGUAAGGACUGCGGCCAGAGUCCUGAGUGUGAUCCUUCAACGCCAGGGUCGGUUGCCAGCAUUGAUAACAUGAACACUUACAUGUCAGACUGGGUCUGCCAGGCUCUGGAGAACGACACCGAGUAUUUCUGGUUCGAGGCCUUCGACGAGCCCUGGAAAGUCAUCUACAACACCCCCGGCAAAGACUGGGAAGAUAAAUGGGGCCUGAUGGACGCCGGGCGCAAAGUCAAACCGGGCCUCAAGAUUCCAGAUUGCAACGGCAAGACUGUCUCGUCAUGA